AUGGAACAACAAUGCAAAAGAGGUGGUCAAAGUUUGAGAAAUCGAGAGGUUGUGAAUGAGGACAGGAUAAGUGAGUUGCCUGAAGAUUUGCUUGUGAAGAUAUUAUCUUCACUUCCAGCAAAAAAUGUCACAGCUACAUGUGUUUUGUCUAAACAAUGGAGAUGUCUUUGGAAGAUGGUACCAAUUAAUCUCAUGUUUGAUUCCGAUAAAUCUUCAAAAUUUAAAGAGAAUGUUCACAAGUCUGAUUCGGAUAAAUCUUCAAAAUUUACAGAGAAUGUUCACAAGUCUUUGCUUUUCCAUAAAGCUCUGGAUAGUUUGCAUUUAAAAAUUGGACGUAUACGUUUUGCGCUUAAUCUUGGAACAUGGAUUAGAAUUGCAUUUGCACGCCAUGUGCGUAAACUGGUACUGGAUUUUCACUUAGAGGAGGAAGGCUUAGUCAUAUCUCCAGCGUCAUUGUGUAGCUUUAAUGACACACUCGAGAUCAUGAAACUCAAGUAUAGCAUUCUUUUAGUCAUUCCUUCUCCGGUUUGUUUGAAGUCUCUUAGAAAAUUGCACCUCUACUACGUGAAAUUUAAAGACGAAGCUUCUCUUCACAACCUGUUAUGUGGAUGCCCUAGUCUUGAAGAUUUGGUCGUUCAUCGAAAAUGCUAUCUUGAUGUGGAGACUUUCACUAUUGCGGUGCCGUCAUUACAAAGACUAACCGUAGAAGAUGAUCUCUCAAGACAACAUGGUGGAGGCUAUGUGAUAAAUGCUCCUUCUUUGAAAUACUUGAACAUAUUAGGGUUUCAUGAUAUUGAGUUUUUCCUGAUUGAGAAUAAGCUAGAGCUGGUGGAGGCAAAAAUCAUUAACGUUUCUAAUAUUCCCAAUGAGAAUAUUCUGAGAUCACUAACGUCAGUGAAACGUCUCUCCUUGCACUUAUCACCCUUAAAGCCAAUAGAUCCGUAUUGUAAUAAAGAGGAUUGUCCAGUGGAGUGGAAAUGGGAGCAACCGAAAUGUGUACCGGAAUGUUUGUUGUUUCAUCUUGAGAGAUUCGUGUGGAGAAGAUACGAGUGGCAACGAGAAGAUGAGAAAGAAGUGGCUACAUACAUCCUAAAGAACGCAAGACUGUUGAAGAAAACAACUUUCUCCACAAAACCUAUCCACUCUAAAGAGGUUGAGAAGUUGGAAAAGAGACGUGAGAUGCUUAACGAGUUGGUUAGUGUGGCCGGGGCUUCAAAUUCAUGUCACAUCGUGUUUGAGUCCAAAUAA